UGAACUGACUUGAUUCCUCGUCCGCUCAUUGUCACCGGAGCAGAGCAGCUGAUUCUACCCGUCAAAGCGAUGGACUUGUGUUGAAUCCCCGCGCUAGGCGCCCCAUUCCCGGCUGCUUUACGAAGCAUCCCUUUUUGUUUUUUUUCGGCCACCUGGCUUUUCUUUCGGAUUCAGGGCUUCGGGUCGCAGGCAGAAACCCCACAGGGGAGAGAGUGCAGUGGAUUGUUCUCUUAACAAUGUUGGAAAAUGAGGAAAAUCUCGGGGCAGCUUUCAAAAAACUAAGAGUUGAUUCAGAACGAUCCACUGCUUCUCUCCCUGUGAGUGAGGGGCCAUCUCCACAAACAUUUGUAGAAAGUACAGAUGAAUCCAAAGUAAAGAUGACAUUUGGAUCUAAAGAAUGCUGGCACUGGUGUUUGAGAAAACCCCUGAGAGGACCAAUUCGAACCCAACGUUGCCGGCAAUCAAAGUCUCCAGUACUCCAUCCUCCUAAAUUCAUCCACUGCACUAAACAAAUGCCUUCCUGUAGCCAAUCCAUGCAGAAGAACCUAACAGAUGCUUUUCAAAGCAACAAAGAUUUGGAUGUGCCAAAGAAAUUUUCUGAAAAUGAACUGGGUAGUCAUCCUCUAGAAUUUGGCAAGAAAGAAUCAGUUGUCAAAGAUUCUGAGGCAUCCAUGAUUGGAAUACCAAAGAAUAUUUCUGAAAAUAUUGGUAGUGUUCUUCCCACAGAAAUUCUAAAGGUCUCAGAUCUUUCCGAUUUCCAGUCUGUGUCUGAACAAAAUAAAGGGAAUUUUUGUGCAUGUGUAAAGAAUGAAUGCCAGUGUAAGCAAUGGCAAAACCUGAAUGUGUACAAGUUUUCUGACAUACAGAACUCCCUCCAGUGUGUAUCUGAAAGAUCAGCACAUGUGCAGAACAAUCCACAGCUCACAUCAAGAAUUUCCUCCAGUUCUCUCAAAUCUUGCUCUGAGCAAGCCAGAGCACAUGUAGAUGAUGUGACUAUUGAAGACCUUUCAGGUUAUAUGGAAUACUUCCUGCAUAUCCCUAAGGAAAUGUCUCACAUGGCGGAAAUGAUGUAUACCUGACCCUAGCCAACAAAGGGCAUUGAUAUCUGCCCUGAAUCAUGCUCCAUCUCAGAAGCAGUUUGCUCUCUGUGCUUAUAAUAAAACCACUUUGCAUUUCAGGCUUCUUGUUUUUAAUAGAUCAACAAUUGAAAUAAAUUAUAAAUCGGGACUGCAAACAGCAAGCCUAGGAAAUUAUGCCAUUUUUGUAGGUAUGGCCACAAUUGGCUGUUUGGAUUAACUGGCUAACAUUUUUACAGACAGUGAAUCAUAAAACAAUCUAGAGCGAAUUCAAGCACUUUCCAUCUGAGGCCAAGUACUGCAUAUUGUUAUAUGUUCUAUUGACUGUAUAUGUAACUAUGUAUAUGCAUUAUGUUUGUAAUUGCACGCAAGCACACAUUUUAAAUUACCAAAAGCAUAGCAUUAUUUCAAUUUGACUUGUUGCUAAUGCACUAGUCUUUUCCUGAAAUCUGUUGAAUACAUUAUCUGUAAUUGUAGAAGUCAGUAAUGUUUUUCUUCUCUGUAUUGCUUUAAAUACAGCCUAAAUUCCAUGUUUGUGCACUUUCUAAAGGAAAUCCUUCCAAAGCAUCAAUAUUUGGAUUUUGUGAAUAAUGGGGAGAUAUUAAUAUUCAACCACAUGUGGCCAUUAGAUGUCAGCUUUGCUCCAUAUCAGAGUAGCACAAUUUUUACUACAUUUCAUACUUACACAGACUAUUCUGUUCAUUCUGCUUGCAAUUUAUAUCUCAAAUACGACUCUAAAGCCAAUUUCUAUACUUAUUUCUGUGACAAUAUGUUAGAGACAAUAUGUUUAACCUAUACGAGUUAUGUCUGAAAGAAACCAAUGUAUUUUGGCAAACCUAAGACUAAGAAAACUACUUUCAAGGCACAGUCAUAUGCAUGGAGUUUUGGUUUAUUUGUUAACCUACUUCAAUUCA